UGGUUACUUCAGUAGCACAUAGUAUGCUACAUAAUGGUGGAACAAUGGCGGCUGGACUUCGAUUCCCGGGGAACUCAGUCGGACAGGACACACCGGACACCUACCGUGGGGAAUUGGGAAGUCUCACCAGGGUCCCGUCAAAUUACCAUGAUCCGGACUACAUUAGUCGAUUGAAUGAAACAGACAGUGUAAUUCCACAUUCGAGUUCUCGUCCGUCUAGUGCGAAUCAUGUGAGUGACAUUAACACUGUGCCGAGACCCCAACACGCGAAAUAUCCGGACUAUUCACAGAGUGGGAAACGAAUUGCCUCGUACAAUAACUGGCCUCCAACAGCAAAACAGAAUCCACAGAAUUUGGCAGAUGCUGGUUUUUUUUAUACAGGUCAAGCGGACAGUGUUCGGUGCUUUAUCUGUGGGACAGGGCUCAGGAACUGGGACCCGGAGGAUGAGCCCUGGGUUGAACAUGCCCGCUGGGCCCCUGAGUGUUUCUACGUCAAGGACAAAAAGGGUCAGGAUUUCAUCAACCUCGUACAAGUCGCUGUACGGCAACAGCAAAUGCAAGAAGCUUUACAACAGCAGUCGGAAUCCAUGACGAGGGAGGCUACAGAUGUUGCUGCGGACUGUGCACCCCCUAAUCUGGAUAAAGAUAUAAAAGAUGAUGCAUCGACAAGUCCGUCCAUGUUACCGGUACGGAAACCCCCCACUACCGCUGAAAAGAAGAACCCGCUGUUGAGUGAUGCUGCCCAGAGCGUGCUGGCCAUGGGCUACCUCCCCAGGAUUGUCAAGGUGGCCGUGGAUAAAGUAUUGGGGUCAAAAGGCUGGGAUGGAAUGUCAGGAUCAAAUAUUGCUAAUGUGAUUUUUGACAUGGAGGAAAGUGGUGAAAUUGACAAAGACAAUUGUAUGGUUCCUAAAAUUUUAUCUGACAGCUCAUGGAAGAAAAUUAACGACAGAUUACCUGAUGAUAUCAAAGAACUGACUCAGAAAAAUAGUGAGAUGAGAGAGAGGACGAUAUGUAUUUUGUGUUGUGAAGAGAGGGUGUCCAUUGUUUUUUUACCCUGCGGACACCUGGUCAGUUGUGCCCAGUGUUCUCCAGCUUUAAAAAACUGCCCAGUGUGUCGGGAAUCCAUCAAAGGGACGGUCCGAGUGUCUUUUGCAUGAGUUGGUCAAACAAAUUCAAUCGCUCAAAAAAAUCCAAACAAAACAUAUUAAACCAUAAUGACAACAACAAGAAAAAAAA